ACAGUGACGGGUAGGAGUGGCCGGGGAGGUUGCAGUGACUGGCGGACUCCCUGUCGGCGGCUUGCGGCAGCGUCGACACUUCCUGUCAGCCGCUCGAUCAGAGCAGAGCCGAAGCGAGGGCGGAGGAGGCGAGACGCGGAGUGGAGCGGGAUGGCAGAGAACAGCUCCGAGACAAGCGGCUCCGUACACCGGAGAUGUCCGACCCAUUCUUCCCCGGGGGUCGGAGCCUCCAAGUGGAUCCGGCUAAAUGUCGGAGGGACGUAUUUUUUAACAACGAGGCAGACGCUGUGCCGAGACCCGAAAUCCUUUCUGUUCAGGCUGAGCCAGGCUGAUCCGGAGCUCGAUUCCGACAAGGAUGAAACUGGUGCCUAUCUCAUCGACAGAGACCCCACUUACUUUGGGCCAGUGCUGAACUACCUGAGGCAUGGCAAACUGGUGCUCAACCGGGACUUGGCGGAGGAAGGAGUUUUGGAGGAAGCCGAGUUCUAUAACAUCACAUCAUUAAUAAAACUCAUCAAGGACAAGAUCAGGGAACGGGACUGCAAAACAUCACAGGUUCCAGUGAAGCACGUGUACCGGGUUCUCCAGUGCCAGGAGGAGGAGCUGACCCAGAUGGUGUCCACCAUGUCUGACGGCUGGAAGUUCGAGCAGCUUGUCAGUAUAGGUUACGGGCGGGCCCACCAGGCAGAGUAUCUGCUGAUUGUGUCAAGGGAGGUGAAGGGAGAGGAGUCUGCUUUGCCAAACAACAGCGGAGAGCUCGUCAGCAUCGGUUCCUCCUAUAACUAUGGAAACGAAGACCAGGCCGAGUUCCUGUGCGUGGUUUCCAAGGAGCUGCACAACCAGUCGUACGGGACCAACAGCGAGCCCAGCGAGAAGGCAAAGAUUCUCCAGGAGCGAGGAUCCCGGAUGUGAGGCGGACUCAGUAUUAGGAGCUCCAGGUGUUUUCAUCCAGACGUAUCAUAUCAGUGGAAGAGCGUUGAGCACAAACAGAGUUUUUGGGGGGCGGCGUGCAUUUAUUCGUCUUCCCUCCACUGUUUUUGUUUUUAUUUCUCAAUGUAAAUAAGUCUGUUUACUGACAAGUUGUGCCUGUACAUUUAAACUGGACCUUUUUGCUUUUUUUGAAUUGGCGGCAAGUAUUUUAUUUUGCUUUUUUCUUAUCUGAAAGUGAGGAAUUGUAAUCGACUGUUUUAUGCUAUAAAAUAUGGCCGCCAUCAUAUAGGGCCAACGAGUCACUCAGGGUCAUCUAAUGAGUUUCUGUCUUUGACCUGGAGGCUCUAGUAAGGGAUCAGUUUGGUUUUUAACACCAAGUAUGACAGGAAAUCAAUGCUUGGAGGGUCAAGAAGGGAAUUUUGAACCAUAAAAAGUUAGUUCAGCCUGUUGGACGCUAAUCAAACGUUUAUCCAAAGAACUCAACUCUUAGUCUGAGCUCACCAGAUCCCAGGGAUUAUUAUUCCACUCACUAUUAUUAUCAAUAUGAAGAAAACGAAGGAGUCGCUGUGAUGUGGCUGAGUAGGUAAAGGGGCAUUACACCUAAAGCUCCCCUCUUACAUCAGGAUCUCACACGUUGGGUCGGUUAGAAACCGUCAUCAGGUCCAGAUCCAUUAGUGAGCGUGGGCCGGUAGGAAACUGUGUUUUGAAAAUUAUUUUUCUUUUCUUUUUGACAUCUUUAUUUUAUUUUUAAUUUAUGUUUUUAUUUUUGAUUUCUUUAUUUUUCUACUUUUUUUAACUCGUAAUUUUUUUUAUUUAAUUUGACCUCAAUUUAUUUUUUCACCAGUACUCUUUGGAUUUAUUUUUAUUUAUUUUAUGUGCUUUGAUGACUUAAUUGUUUAGAUAAUGCCAGUUUCAUGAAGAAAAAAAAUUCAAAUCUGAUUUAAUUCAUCUUAUUUAAAAGAAAAUAAAUGAUUCUGCUUCUGAAAUAGUUUUUAUAGUUAUGUUAUCUGUAAAAUUUGUAUUGACUAUUAUAAAAAGACUUUAACAAAACUACUCAAACACCCAACAAAUGAAAGCACUUAAUUACAACAAUACAUUUUUAUUUAUAAUUCCCUUUACAUCUUGAGAUGUCAAAUGCUACAAAAGUCUGAAACCAAAAACAGUUACAAUAAAUAAAUAUUUCAAAAUAUAGCAAAAAUGAAAUGUCUUAAGACAGUACUGUCUUAUGUUUUUUAUUUUAUUUAAUGUAGUCAACAAGUUAGCGCUAGCUAAUCAGUGAGGCUAACGAGCUAGUCUGCAGCCUGCUGCUUUACAAACUCGUUAACUUCAGUUUUCAGCCGUUACAUUGAUAAAUUAUUUUAGAUCUUUUUUUUCUUUUUUUUUUAGCUUUUUGACCGGCCCAUUCCUGCACAGAUGGAUCAGAACCGACUCGGUUUCAUUGCUAAACGUUUCAGCAGUGGAGAUGUAAGAGUUUUUUGUUGCAAACCUUUAACUGUUUGGUUUAGAAAAAUUUAACAAAAUUUUCCAUAAUUUUUAAAUGAACUGCCAAAAAAAAUUUAAAUGUGAAUUAUUUUAUGCAACAUUUUAUUUUACCUUUUUAUUCAGUCCAGCAAUUAUUAACCUGUUUAGGAGAGUGACAGUAAAUGUUCUCACUCCAGUGAUGUUAGAUUUGUUUAGUUUGUUUUAGUUUUUACGGGGAUUUUUUUUUGUUUGUUUGGACUGGAAGCGUGAAGGACUUCCUUCAUAUCGAGAUCAUUUAGUUUCCGUGUAAAUAACCCAAACUCCUUCGUAUUUAACUCUUUUAAGGACAAAGCUGCACGUUUUGUACACUGUAUAGAGGACCGACUUGGGAAGUUGUUUCUACUGGAUCUUUGGUUAAAAACUAAAAAACAAAAUGAAGCGGAUCGUUAAGUUGCUGAAAAUGGAUCUUCCUCUGAGACGUUUUGAUAACCAAUAACAAAGCUAAACUUGGCUGGCUAUAAAAUUGACUGUUACAUUUAAAACAUGUUUUUCCUCUUCUUCAGUGUGAUAUUUAGCAUUUUGAAUUAUCAGUUUCCAAACAGGAUUAGAAGCACUAACAGUGGGAGACACUGUGCACUCUGCUUACAGCCUGUAAUGUUGUAAAUACUACAUUUUAGAACACUUUUUUAAGUUGUUUCAAGUUUGAUCUGUUUAUUUUUUAUAUAUAUAUAUAUAUAUAUAUAUAUAUAUAUAUAUAUAUAUAUAUAUAUUUAGGUUGGAUAUUUCAUUCACAAAUAAUCAUUUAGUGUUGCCUUUUUUCCCAGUGACCAAAAUCCAAUGUCUUAUGUGUAUUUUAGACAUUGAUCUUCGUGUCAGGGACAAGUAAACAUUUCUUAAUGCUGGCACACGUUGUACAUAGACUUGUUAACGACUCACGAACCUCCAUCUAAUCUCACACACACACACACACACACACACACACCCCCCAACCAGUUUUUGUAUCAUCAGAAUGAGUAUGGAUGCAUGUUUUUUGAAAUAGAUAAAUAUAUAUAUGUAUAAACACAUGUAUAAACACACAAGGGCUUUUAAAGUGUAAAAGUUGGGAUGUGCAGAGAGGUUUUAAUCAAGUAGACUGGGUUUCCUGCCAGAGCUAGGCUAUGUUUACAUUUGCUGUAGUAUUCUGAAGCCUUCCAGUUAACGUCUUUGCACUCCGCUCGCUCACGUUAACCGACGUAACGACCGACAUCCACUCCUCUGCUGUCCGUUUCUAACUGCCACUGCAAAAACUUCACUGAGGAGGUUUGGUCUGAUGUCUGCUACAAAUACCUCAGAACACAUGAAAUGACACUAAAAUAAUUUAAAAGUAACUUUUUAGAACACAUAGCAGCUUGUUUUCAUUUAAUUCCUUAAUAUUGUUAAAAAGUUGUAGUUUCACUAGCAGAUUAUUUCACUUAUGGUAAAAUGUUUUGUUAAACAUGAAAUAAUCUGCCAGUGGAACUAGAACUUGGUUGCUAGGCGACAGGCUGGGCAUUGCUGAGGUUGCUAGGUAACAGCGACAGCAGGACUAGAACUUUCUCUAAUCAAGCUCCUAUUUCUUGGUGAAAAGUUACUUAUAGGUUGGUCUUGUCUUGUUUGAAAGAAAUAAAAAUCCUUUUAUUUCCGUUAACCCAUAAAAAUGUUAUUUUUCUCUGGAACCGUCUGAUUCUCCCAUUAAGAUUUACUGUUCAUACAUCCUGUUGUCAAGUUGUUUAGUGUAUUUAUCGUUAAAGAACAAUACUACUUAUAAGUGAAAUCUGCAUUUUUCCCACAUUAUUUCUAUUGUGGGUAUUUAUGUGUUUUGAGACAUAUUUGUUGAAAUAUUAAAAAAUGUAGUUAAAAGCGUUACGUAAAUAAUUCCUUAGUUUCACCUGCAGAUUGUCACAUGGAAAAAUGACUUGAAUCAUCAGUUUCAUCAAUAUUAAGGAAUUAUUAACUCAAAGCAAGCUCCUAUAUCUUGCUGAAAAAUUGCUUAAGUUAGUUUUCUUAUUUCAAGUGUACCCAGAUAUUUUCUCUAGAAAUUAGACCAAAACUACUUGGUAAGAUUUUAUGUUUUUGCAGUGCAAUUUGUUUUCCUCUGGUAGAAAUAAACGUCAUGUAUCUCGUUUUUCACUCUGAGCUAAAGCCGGUAAGGUUUAUUAUAUCUUUAGGGAUUUAAAAGUUUGUGUUUUUGGUUAUAUAAAAACAUUUAAUGCAUUCUACUAUGGGGUUAUUGAAGCUGUCGUAUGAAACUUUUGUAAAAAAUAAAUGAAUAAAUUUUGGACGCAUUUGUUGAAACUGUCACUAUGUUGUGACAGUUUGGUGUGAAUUAAUCUGUGAAUUUUUUUUUAGCUCCUCUGCCUUCUCCCAGUGCUAACUGGAAGCAACCAAUCAGAAGCAGGAGGUGGGUCUUAGCGCUGUCAAUCAGGCUCGUGAAUGCUAUGCUAGUUAGCUUAGUGCCCGAUAAUGGUGGAAAAUUUGUUUUUGUAUAACAAUGAGUUGUUGGAACAUUUAAAAGCACAUUCACUGGAUUGAUUGACAGCACUUAGCCCCUCCUUCUGGCUCUGGUUGGUUGUUUUUUGUCGGGAGUGGUACGCUUCUUCAGAUGGCAAUAAUAGCUCAGGGAGGAGAUCAAAUUUUUCACAUAUUUGACAUGGUGAAAGUUUUAAUAAAUAUGUAAAAAUAUCUAAAUAUAUUUUUUAGAAAAGUUACAUACUGCAGUUUUAAGCCCCGCCUCCUUCAGUCUUCAGUAUCCAACAUUAAUAAUCAUUCAUCUGAUGGACAAACUUAUCAAAUCUGUAGCUGAAUAUUUUUAAGUGCCCAGUUUGUUUUGCAUUGGAGUCACAGACACCGUAAUGCAUGACUGACCGUCACCGAUUCCAGUCAGUGGGAGUGAAUGUGUCAUUUCUUCCUCCAGCUAAUCGCUGCAUCAGCCAACAUGGUUCUCAUAUCACUACAUGGAUCACUUCUAUAUGAUCUUAUGCAAUGUUAAUGUACAAACUAAGUAUGAGGGGAUUAAAGAUAGAUCUAUAUGGUCUUGCAUAAAUAAACCCAAUAAAAAAGUUGUCAUACAUAA